CUCUCUCGCUCCCCACCUCCGCCCCAACAGAAUCUCAAUGCAAUCACCAAACCUCCAUCUCUUCAAAACGUCCACCACCACCACCCACUGCCACCACCUAGCGUUCCACCACACAAUUUCAUCGACACAAACCCUGUUUUCCACCAAUCUGCCAAACCCGAGAAGCCCCAGAAGCCUGAUAAUCACCCAGGCCGGCAAACCCCACCGCCGCCACGACAACAGAGCCGCCAGUCCCAAGAGGGUUGUGAAGGGAAAGAAGGAAAAUGUGUGGAGCGUGGACAACGAGGUCGCUCAAAAGGAGAAAGAGAGAACCGGUGGAAGAAGCCCAAGGGGGAGCAGAGUUGUCAGGAGGAAGAAAACUAAGCCUGGUGGUGGUAGAGUCAUCGUCUCUGGUGCUAUGCUAAUGGAGGAUGAGACUGUGCUACAAACUCAGGAACCUGUGAUAAGACCAGCAUGGAAUACAUUUGCUAGUAGUGUGAGUGGGAUAUGGAAGGGGGUGGGAGCUGUAUUUUCACCCAUCACUGGAGAAAUGGAACCAAUUGAUAUUGGAAACAGGCAUGAAAAUUUAUAUGAUUGCUAUACUCUUUCCCGCAUUGAGGCUGUGCCAUCCCCUUCUGGAGGGCAGACAUCUCAAAUCCAGAGGAAGAUAAAUUGGGUGACUUUGAAUCCUUACGGUGAAAUACUACCGAAUAUAGGCGACAGUAAUAGAAGUAAGGAAGAGCACAAAGUUAAAGAUGCAUCUUUACCCAUAAAGGUUAUAGCUGAUGAUAGUGUACCAAGUCAUAUUUUGCCCAAAUUCGAGUCUUUUGACCUUAAAACAAGUGAUGUAAUGGAAGAAGAUGUCAUGGGAAAUGAACCCGGUCUUGUUUUCUUUGAGGAUGGAUCUUAUUCUAGGGGUCCCAUUGAUAUUCCAAUCAGUGAAGAUGAUUCCAAGUAUUACCUUUCUCCAACUUUCAAGUUUGAACAAUGUUUGGUAAAAGGUUGCCACAAAAGACUCCGGAUCAUCCAUACUAUAGAAUUCAAUAAUAGCGGUUCGGACAUUCAGAUAAUGAGGGUAGCCAUAUAUGAAGAAGAGUGGGUCAGUCCUGCUAGUCUUCCUGACCAAAGUGAUCUGGAGUUUGAUUUGAAGCCAUUUUCUCAGCGGAGGCGUAUCCAACCAUCAGAGUUGACUGGCUCCUGGAAGGUGUUUGAGGUUAGUGCUACUCCGGUGUUUGGCGAGGAGGAGAUGGUCGUGGAUGAAAGUAAUGGCACCCCCUAUGUCUACCUCUGUACUGAAACUUUAAAGAAGAGGGGCUUGCCGGAAAACCCAGUCUACUUUGGAGAGGAAGAGAUGUUAGACAUGCAGGAUGUGACAAUGCUUUGGCUUCCAGGUGGCGUCACGUGCUAUGUCGACAUAAAAAAGGAUGGCAUCCUUUGUAUAGGAGUUGGGUGGUACGCAGAUGAAGGAAUAAAUCUGGUUAUGGAGAGAGAUUAUGGAGUGGAUGGGAAGCUCAAGGAGGUUCGAUCGAAAUCAGAGGUAAAGAGAAGGUGGUCUGAUCCACUCCCCAAGUAAGAUUUUCACUUGCAAAAAGUUUUGAAUUGUAUUUUAGUAAUAAAUGCCUGGGUAUUAUCUAGAAUCAAGAAGGGUAAGUCACUGUGAAUCUUCAAAACCUGUUACAUAUACUUGGGAGUUGAAUUGACCAGAAAAUGGAGGGCAUGAAUAUAUAUAUAGUAGGAAAGAAUACAUUAUUUGCUU